AUGACCAACAAUGGGAAAACCAAAGGUAGAACAAGAUAUAAAGGGAGUUCAAUACCGUCACAAAGCGACUCUACACCAAUAAGUGAGAAUACUUUAUUAGCAGACACGAUUCAUAUCAAGAACUUCAAGUGGAAUUCGAAUGAAGACAUAGAAUUCCCAGUUUCAUAUUUGGAUCCAUCAAUAAUCAAACUCACUAACAGUCCAUUGGAUGAUUACCAGAGAUCCUUCUUUAACUAUACACUUCUGAAUGACAAAGAUCUGGAUCUCAAUAUAGAAUACACCACUUAUCGAACAAGUAUAGCAGAACAAUUCACAUCACCAAUUUAUCAAAGUAAACAAAAGCAUUCAAAAAGACAUGGAAGAAAUGCAGGUGGGCAUAGACGUUCAAAACAUCUAUUAGAAUGUUUUGAAUACCAACUACCAAACUUGCGACAAUCAUUUAAUAAAGAUAACACUGAUGAACAGGAUUUCACCAAUUUAGAGUCUACAGAGAAAGUCAUGCAAACUUAUCGAGAAAAUCUAUGUCUGGGAAAAUCGGAUACUUUCAUACUGGAUGGUUUCAUAAUCGAUCCCACUGAUGAUGAUAAAAGAUCAGAAAAUGAAAAAGAAAGGAAUGAUUCAAACGGAGACACCAAAAACAAUGUAAUUCCAGACAAUGGAGGGGAUAAAGUACCUAUAAAGAGAGAUAGUGAUGCAAAUUUAGAAAAUCUGAUUCAUCCUGACGCCUCAGCCAAAGAUACAACGCUCGAAAACAUUAGUUACUCUUUAACCAAAAAUCAAAAAUUUCGAUUACAAAAAAUGGAUCAUAACUCAGAGAAAAAUCAAAAAAUCAUCAAUCCAAACAAUUGUAUUAUAUGGACGUUUGAGGGUGGUUAUGUUUUUUUGACUGGUAUCUGGAGACUAUACCAGGACGUAAUGAAAGGUCUCAUAACCAUACCUCGUAAAAAUUGUAACAAUGAUAGCAACUUACAAGAACUGUGUGCUGAAGAAUUUAAGAAAGUCCUAUCACAUACAAUUUUCAAUUUAGCAUCAGAAAAUGAUUCCAAACCUCAACAAUCUAAAAAGAGACAAUAUCCAAACUCGACCUCAAUGAAAUCUACAGAUUCAAAAAAUUCAGAGUCAAGUAAAGAAUCUUCGGCAACCUCCUCUGAUAUUCUAGAUGAAUUUAAUAAACUAUUUUCCCAAUCGAAGUCAAAAUAUACUGACCUUCAUUGGAACUCACUUCCAAGUUCUUUAAGACAAGAACUCUUUGAGAGCUUCAAGAAGCAUCUGAUUAAAGAGAAAAAUGUACCAUCAAUUUUUUUCAAUGGGUUUGAUAUGACACAACUGAUUCAUCGCAUCCGUGGUGGUUACAUUAAAAUCCAAGGUACCUGGAUCCCAAUGGAAAUUGCAAAAGCACUUUGUAUUAAAUUCUGUUUCCCUAUCCGAUAUUUUUUGGUACCUAUAUUUGGAGCAGAUUUUCCUGAUCACUGUGCUGCUUGGUUCCUGGAGAAUCAAGAAAAUUAUGAUAAUGCAUUAGAUAGUAAUAGCUCGCCAGAAGCCGUUUAUAAUCCUAUUACUAAAAAAACUCGUUCAGGGCACAAACUCAACUCGGGAAUUUUUACGGAUACAGAACCUUUAUCCAAUACAAAUAGUACUCAGUCAGAAAGAGUUGCAACUGAUGAAUCGCUCGUGAGGUUAAAUAAUAGGGACGUACCUCAACAAGCUUUUAGCAUAAUUGCAAAAGAAUAUGAUGGAAAGUAUAUCCAGCAUCCUGUGGCCACUCCCCAAUAUCCUCAAUUUUAUCCAGGAGUACCUGGUUCACAAAAUAGAGAUAUAUCAAGGGAAAUUCAGAACAAACCAUAUUUACCACAUAUUAAUAGCUUAAUCAAUUCUUUGCAUGGCGAAACACCUAAAAAUAAUGAGCCCUCAGAGGCCCCUUUUCAAAGCCCCUAUUUACAACAUCCUCAAAACACUGUGAAUAUUCACCCUGGUAAUAACAUUCCAAUGAAUCAAACAUUCUUAGACGGUGCAAGAGGCGUCAGUCAACCAGUGUAUGCUAUGUCUGCACAGUACGAUAAUGUCGCGUCGCCAGUGUAUCCAUCAACUAUUCAGUAUCCCCUCCCACUUGCAUACGAUCCUUAUAACAAGAGGAAUAACAUUGACCAAAUGGGUAGACAAAUUAUUUCUAUUCCUACGCCGACGAACCAUCAAGGAUUACCCAUUAUUAAUCAACAUCAAACUGUCUACAUACCGCAUCAAAUAGUACAAGGUCCCUCUGGAGGUCAAGUUCCCACACCUAACCAAAUGGUGUACAUCAAUGAAGGUCAUCAUAUUAUUCCUCAACAAAUCAUGCCGGAUAAUGUUCAUCAGCCUGGCCAAUUAGCUGCCAAUCCUUCUUUAUCUGUUCAAUAUUCAACAAUGGAAGACAAUCGGAUGUUGCCAACUAAUAAUAAUGGAACUCCAAUGGCGAUACAACGGCAAAUGCAAUCAUAUAUUCCUCCUCAGUAUAUUAACAAUGCAGUAAUGGUUUCUCAAGGAAACAAAAAUAGAAAUGUACAGUAUGCUGGCCCGUAUGUUAUCCAGAGACCAAACGGAGAAAAAGAGCAGUAUUAUCAUCCUGGUCAAUUACCCCCAACUGGACAACAAAAUCCUUACUGGCAAGACGGAAGGUAUCAAUAG